AUGCAAACGAUAGGUGGGUGAUAACAGAGCCUUAUAAAUAGGUUUGCGCGGCGUUCAGAGGCAGUCGUCGUCUUAUUCUGGAAAACGAGGGAAGAUGAUCAAAUUAGCCAUUCUCACCUGUCUUGUCGCCGCUGUCGCAGGUGUCGUCUGCAACCAUAAGGGAAAAGUUCACCAUGUCGGCGACAUAUUCAAGGAUGAAUGCAAUACAUGUUUCUGUGGCGAAACAGGACUGUCUUUCUGCACCCAGAUGACAUGUAUACAUGCAGCAUCCCCCACCAAAGACAUUUGUCAUCACAAUGGCCAGAUUUACAAAGCGGGCGACACUUUCAAAAGUGAAUGUAACACUUGCUUCUGCGGAAAACUUGGUAUUGUGGGAUGCACCAGAAUGGAAUGCAGGAAUGCAAUUAAAGGUAAAGGUUGUACUUACAACCACAAACACUACAAUGUCGGAGACAGCUUCAAGAAAGACUGCAAUCUAUGUAUAUGUGGCCCUUCUGGACAAGCAGCCUGUACGAUGAAGCCCUGCCCUCUCAUACAACAUCCUUGAGACAAAUAUUAAUAAUACAGGAGAGACCCCAGAAAACAAAGAGAAAUCUGUACCACAUCUGGGGAGGAAAACUGAAAUAAAAUUUGUAAAAAUACCUUUAAA